AGUGCGCGCGCGCCAGCCGCCUCCCCUCCGCCCCUCGCUGCCGGCCUCGGGCAUCCACGGCCGGUCGUCCAGCCGCCCGCCACGGCCCUGAACAUGGCCGCAAGCCCCGCUGCCCCCCUGGCCUGGGCGCUGCUACUCCUCUCGUGGGCUCUGCUCCGCGGCGGCUGCCGGGCGCGCUUCGCUGCCGAGCCGGACUCCGAAGACGACGAAGGGGAGGCGGUAGUAUUCUCCGAGUCGCCCCUGCAGAGACCCACGGUGAUGGUGGCCGUCCUCGCGCGUAACGCUGCGCACUCGCUGCCUCACUUCCUCGGCUGCCUGGAGCGGCUGGACUACCCCAAGAGCAGGAUGGCCAUCUGGGCAGCCACUGAUCACAAUGUGGAUAAUACAACAGAAAUACUCAGGGAGUGGUUGAAAAAUGUCCAGAGAGCCUAUCACUAUGUGGAAUGGAGACCUAUGGAUGAACCUGAGUCUUAUCCUGAUGAAAUUGGACCAAAGCACUGGCCUGGCUCCCGUUUUGCCCAUGUGAUGAAACUACGACAGGCAGCCCUUCGAACUGCGAGGGAAAAAUGGUCAGACUACAUUCUGUUCAUAGAUGUUGACAACUUCCUGACUAAUCCACAGACCCUCAAUCUACUGAUUGCAGAAAACAAAACCGUUGUGGCCCCCAUGCUGGAGUCUCGGGGCCUGUACUCUAAUUUCUGGUGCGGAAUCACACCUCAGGGCUUCUAUAAACGGACCCCAGACUAUCUUCAGAUUAGAGAAUGGAAGAGGUUGGGCUGCUUUCCGGUCCCCAUGGUCCACUCCACAUUCCUAAUUGACCUCAGGAAGGAAGCCUCUGACAAGCUGAUGUUCUACCCCCCACACCAGGACUACACCUGGACCUUUGAUGACAUCAUCGUCUUUGCCUUCUCCAGCAGGCAAGCAGGCAUCCAGAUGCACCUCUGCAACAGAGAGCACUACGGCUACCUGCCCAUCCCCCUGAAGCCCCAUCAGACCCUACAGGAGGACAUUGAGAACCUCAUCCAUGUGCAGAUAGAAGCAAUGAUUGACCAUCCUCCAAUGGAACCUUCCCAGUUCGUCUCAGUUGUCCCUAAAUAUCCAGACAAGAUGGGAUUUGAUGAGAUUUUCAUGAUAAACCUGAAGCGCAGAAAGGACAGGCGGGACCGGAUGUUACGUACCCUGUAUGAGCAGGAGAUUGAGGUCAAGAUUGUCGAGGCUGUGGAUGGAAAGGCACUCAACACAAGCCAGCUGAAGGCCCUGAAUAUUGAAAUGCUGCCCGGAUAUCGAGAUCCCUACUCCUCCAGGCCUCUAACUAGGGGUGAAAUUGGCUGCUUCCUUAGCCACUACUCUGUCUGGAAAGAGGUAAUUGACCGAGAGCUGGAGAAGAGUCUUGUUAUUGAGGAUGAUGUGCGUUUUGAACAUCAGUUUAAGAAGAAGCUCAUGAAGCUGAUGGAUGAUAUUGAUCGAGUCCAGCUGGAUUGGGAACUGAUUUAUAUUGGCAGGAAGAGGAUGCAACUAAAAGAGCCAGAGAAAGCUGUGCCCAAUGUGGUAAAUCUGGUCGAAGCUGACUAUUCUUACUGGACUCUGGGCUAUGUCAUCUCUCUGGAAGGAGCACAGAAGCUUGUUGGAGCUAAUCCUUUUGGGAAGAUGCUACCAGUGGAUGAGUUUCUGCCAAUCAUGUACAACAAGCAUCCUGUUGCUGAGUACAUGGAGCAUUACGAAUCCAGGGACUUGAAAGCCUUCUCUGCAGAACCCUUGCUCAUCUACCCAACACACUACACAGGCCAGCCAGGGUAUCUGAGUGACACGGAGACCUCAACCAUCUGGGACAAUGAGACAGUGGCCACUGACUGGGACAGGACACAUGCCUGGAAGUCCAGGAAGCAAGGUCACAUCUACCGCAAUGCCAAGAACACAGAGGCCCUGCCACCGCCAACGUCCCUGGACACUGUGCCUUCGAGAGAUGAGCUAUGAGGGCUCCAUGGGGGGUUUACUGCCCUUUUGUUUUCCUAAUGGGCCGUUGAUAUGUUUGUUCCAGUUUCUUUUCGUGGUCACGAUCAUCUAACCAAAGUGGUCUAAUGUGAUUGAUCAAAAUUAGUAUGUUUUUGACAGGGGAAGAGAAUAGGGAAACUAAACCCAAAUUUCCUAGAUGGCUAGCAAAUAGGCUUUAUGGCAACCAUUAAGAUGAACUUCAAUCCAGACACCUUGUCCCUCAGUUCAUUACCCACAUGAUACUGGUUCCCACAUUGAGGUUGAACAGCAUGGCUCAGAGAUUCGUCCAAGGGAAAGGUGAUCACCACACUAUCACAUCAAUAAAUGGGUAGGCCUGGCAGCCAAGUCAACUGGACCACAUCUAUUGGUCUAGUGGGCCCAUUUUAUGUCAUAGAUGUGACCUUGAAAGCUUGAGUAUGUUCCAAGUUCGGGGUGUGGGGGAGGGGGAAUCAGAUCAUUUAAAAUCAAAUUAAUUGGGCUUUUUCUUUAAAGGCAUUUUGCCAUGAGCCUUAUUGCAAAGUGACUUUUUCAUCUUAGUCCCCACUACCCAACAGGGAUGGGUAUUUGGGUCUGUGUGUGACUUGGCAUUUGACUAUCAUGGCAAUGGAAGCUCCCAUGAAGAGGUGUCCAUUUGCCGUGAGGAUAUAGUUUCGUAGAUAUUUGAGGGUUUGUGUAGAUAUUUGAGGAAAACACUCAAACUUUGGCCUUCUUUAUUAUGGUCACUUGAGUUGGGAUGCUCUAUUUAUGAAGAUAAAUUUAAUAUAUAAGGGGCUGGGACUGGUGUGUAAUUGCUGUCCCGGGGGUUCAUGUGCUGCCCCAGCAUGUCAGACUGUCCCCUCCUCCCUGAGCCUGGGAGUGAAUUGCAGGUGUGAGUUUUAUGAGUCACUGUUAAGAGGCAGAGCACGUUUUCAGGCCAGAAACAGUCCUUGCCUGGGAUUUUCAUUCUAUUUUGAAUUAUUUAUUUUACAAAAUGUGGGGGAAAUGUCUGUAGGAUAAGGCAGAGAAACAUAUGUGUCAGGCUUUUAUUGCCCCCUGGGAAGUGGUGAGUGUAGACACGCUGGUUCCAGAAUCUGGUUCUUCUGCAUUUCCCACCCUGACUCUUACAGGGAGGCCUGUUGAGUGGGAGAUUCUAACCUUCUGGAAACAAAUGAUUCUCCACCUCAGGUGAGAGACCUUGGUUAGAAACAAUGGACUGAUCAACUGAGUUAGACCAACAACCAGGGAAUCCUUGGAGUCAGGAUCCUGGGCAGACCACCUCUCUGCUUUCUUCAUAAAUGGAUUUUAUGUAAAAAUGCAGAGUUGGACUACAUCAUCUGUUUCAGCUCCACGAUCUGUGAUCCUUGGAUAUCUCAUGAUGGUUUGCUUUAGGUUUCUGUUCUCAUGCCUGCAAGCAGUAAAACUUGGUCUCCAGAAAUCCCCUCCCCAAGCAUCCCGUCCACACACGCUCCUCUCUCCGUGUCCUGGGUGUUGACUCUGAGCUUCAUGCUUUGGAGCAGAACCCGUGGGUGGCCUUGCUGGGUGCACCAAGCUCCCUGCUCCCCAUGAGGGCCCCAGGCUGCAGGACAACCCGGCAGGCUUUCUUCCACAGAACACCAGCCUUGGCCUUCCCUCUUGACUUAUGGUUGGUUCUUCUGCAUUGACCAAUAAGCCAGGAGACUGAGGGAAGGGAUCUCAGCUGCCUGAUUUUUACUGCUUAGACUUAGCUAUCAGAGCUUGACUCUUUGUCUAGAAAAACAGAGCAUCUGGGGAGCUAGUGAAAAACCCUUAGUCGAUUCCUAAGGUUUCCUUGGGUAUGUUGUACUUCGUUUGUGUAUUUGAGUGUGUGCAAAUGUGUGUGAAUUUCAUGUUUUUUUUUAAAGGGGUGGGCAGUGGCUAUGGUAUUGGGAGUGAAGGAAGAUUUAAUUAAUUUUUGUGUGGUUAUGUUUCAUAGAGAAUAUUGGUGUUUUAUUUUUUCUUUUUCCCUGUCAGCUGGCCUGGUGGGUUUAUGAAUUCUCAUUCUUAAAAGACAUUGUUCAUAAAUUCUAGAAUUUUAGAUUAGGACUGUUCUACUGUGAAUAAAAUUCUGGCUCUGUUAGCCCAGCCAUUGCUUUUCUCCACUCAGGUCUAGAAUCCCAAGCAGUGUUCUUUCAUUGUGAACAUUGUGAGCUGCAGACACAGCAUUUCUUUAGAAGGUCAUCUCUUCAGCAAUCCAGGGAUUCCUUGACCUCAUUAUUCUUUCCUGCCUCCCGUCUAGCCUUAAGUCAAGACAUUAGACCUUCGCAGUGUCAGAGGACUUUGCCUCCAUCAUGGCACCUGCUGUCUGCCUCUGGAAGUUAAACCCUCUCUGGAUCUUGAGAUCCAAGGUGUAAUCUUCUGGAUGGACGGCCCUGACUUCAGCAGUGCUGGUGCUGCUGAGUGUGGACUGAGUGUCUACAAUAUGCAGACGACACACUGCACGGGCCUUGCUUUGUUCACUGGGGCCUGCUCCAGGAACUCUGGAAAAUAAGAGCCAGCAUCCCAGCAUCCUACACUGUCUUUCAUGCUCUGUCAUUUCAGGGUGGGGAAGUGAUAAACUACUUGCCUUCUAGAGCACUUUGUGAAAAAUUAAAAAACAUGCAACUCUAUGAUUGUUCAUUGGUUCCUCCAACGCUGGUCAACAGCCAACACUGCUGGAAUUUCCAGGUCUGCACUGGCCAAGGAUGUCAGAGGCCAAAGGUAAUCAUCGCUGCUAUGCAAUCCCUGUGGCAAAGA